AUGAAAGUGAACUGGCAAAUAUAUUCCUACCAAGGCCGAUUUCAAGCCACCGUGGUGGCAUUGCUGAAUGUGGCACUGGGAACAGAUGCAUACAAUUGGUUCUUGCAGGCUGAUGUGAGCGGGCUCUGGGGCACUACUGAAGAGAAGCUUCAGGAAUCCAGAGGAGAACUCUACACAUUGACUCUAUCGAGAAGAAUUUCCAAUCCAUACCUUGAACAUACUUCUUCCCAGAUUUAUGGAGAGAAUUCUUCUUGUGCAGGAAGAGCACUGAGGAAUAUCAUUAUUGUUCAGGCAGCUGACCUGAUAAAGGACAGAGUGAACCUCAAGGGAUUUUACAGGAGAAGCUGUGUUGGGUCAGAGCUGGUAGACUGGCUUCUGGAACACUGUCCUUUUGUCCAGUGCAGGUCAAUGGCCAUAGGGGUCUGGCAGAUCCUACUGGAUAUGGGAAUUAUGUCAUCAGUGGACCAGCAUUUAUACUUUCAAGAUACCUAUGUUUUCUAUCAGUUUUCAUCUGACGAAUGUAGCUAUUUGUACUGUGAAUUCGAAAGAGAAGAAGAAUGGCAGAAUGGUGUCAAACUUUUACUGCAGCUUGUGCCUCUCAUUCCCACUAGAGCUGGCCUCUGUGACCUGUCUCAUCAGAAAAUCGAAGACUCGGAAGAAAGCAGCGAUGAAAUUCUUGCUCGUCUAACAUCUGCGGUGCAGAGAGAACUAGCAGCUGUUAUUGCUUUGAAAGCAAAGAAGUCUGCAAUGGCACAAGAUGAAGAAAACAGUGACAAACACGUAACUGUGACAGAAGCUGAAGGGGUUCCAGAUUCUCAGGCAGGGGUAAUGUGCAAGCUUCAGGAAAGAGAUGACAUGGGACGAAUCGAACUGGUCCAGAAGCUGGCGAAAGAAAACUGUCAGUUUUUGCAGACAGAGAAAAAAGAACGGGAGAAAUCUGAACACGAUGAUGAAGUGACGACUGUUCAGGAGCAGGAGCAGGACGUCCUGGUGCUGAGGAAGGUGCAGAGCUGCGGCCCGGCCCCCUUGGGCGGGAGCUCGGAGGGCGAUUGGAGAUACGUGGUCGUGUCCGGCACCCCGGAGAAGAUUUUGGAGCACCUUUUGAAUGACUUGCACCUGGAAGAAGUCCAGGACAAAGAAACAGAGACCCUCCUUGAUGACUUCCUUCUCACGUACACCGUCUUCAUGACAACUGAUGACUUGUGCCAGGCGCUGCUGAGGCACUAUUCUGCUAAGAAGUAUCAAGGCAAAGACGAAAACUCGGAUGUUUCUUGUCGAAAACGUAAGGUCUUGCAUCUUGUUUCUCAGUGGAUCUCUCUGUACAAAGACUGGUUACAUGAAGAUGAACAUUCAAAAAUGUUUUUAAAGACCAUAUACAGGAACGUAUUGGAUGAUGUAUAUGAAUAUCCAAUCCUUGAAAAAGAAUUGAAAGAAUUUCAAAAGAUACUUGGAAUGCACCGUCGUCACACUGUAGAUGAAUAUUCACCUCAAAGGAAGAAUAAAGCCCUUUUCCACCAAUUCAGUCUUAAGGACAACUGGCUCCAACAUAGAGGAACUGUGACGGAAACAGAGGAAAUUUUUUGCCACGUGUAUAUAACGGAGCACUCCUAUGUCAGUGUGAAGGCAAAAGUUUCCAGUACAGCCCAAGAGAUCCUGAAAGUUGUGGCAGAAAAAAUCCAGCAUGCAGAAGAGGAUCUGGCUCUGGUGGCCGUCACAUUCUCCGGAGAAAAGCAUGAACUUCAGCCUAAUGACUUGGCCAUCUCCAAACCCAUGGACGCGACUGGUCGGAUGUAUGUCUACCGGAAAGAUCUGGCUGACACUUUGAACCCGUUGGCAGAAAAUGAGGAAUCACAGCAAAGGUCGAUGAGGAUUUUGGGAAUGAACACUUGGGAUCUCGCUCUGGAAUUAAUGAAUUUUGAUUGGUGUCUCUUCAAUUCAAUUCACGAGCAAGAGCUGAUCUACUUCACGUUCAGCAGACAAGGAAGUGGGGAGCACACUGUGAACCUCAGCCUUCUGCUCCAGAGAUGCAAUGAAGUCCAGCUCUGGGUGGCCACGGAGAUUCUGCUCUGCAGUCAGCUGGGCAAGCGAGUGCAGCUGGUGAAAAAAUUCAUCAAAAUUGCCGCUCACUGCAAAGCCCAGAGAAACCUGAAUUCUUUCUUCGCUAUUGUGAUGGGUCUCAACACAGCUUCUGUCAGUCGACUGUCACAGACCUGGGAGAAAAUCCCUGGGAAGUUUAAGAAACUUUUCUCUGAACUUGAAAGUUUAACAGAUCCUUCCCUGAAUCACAAAGCCUACAGAGAUGCAUUCAAAAAGAUGAAGCCACCUAAAAUCCCUUUCAUGCCCUUAUUGCUUAAAGAUGUAACAUUUAUUCAUGAAGGGAAUAAGACAUUUUUGGAUAAUCUGGUCAAUUUUGAAAAGCUGCAUAUGAUUGCAGACACUGUCCGAACGCUGAGACACUGCAGGACUAACCAGUUUGGAGGUGAGAUGUCUCCAAAAGAGCACCAGGAGUUAAAAUCCUACGUUAAUCACCUGUAUGUCAUUGACAGCCAGCAGGCCCUGUUUGAGCUCUCACACAGGAUCGAGCCCCGGGUAUAAGCCCUGCUGCCCCACGCCUCGCCUCGCCUGUAACUGCAGCACUUUGAGCUACAGAAAUGUCGAUGCCAACCAAGCACGUCACUUUCCUGUGAGAAAAGAAGUUGCUGAGUUUUAUCAGUAAAUUGCAAGACAUACGCGGGAAAGCCAACCAAAACGUGCUCAGGAAGUGAUGUCAGCCACCAGAGAUGGGGAGAGGCCUCUCCUCGCUGCUUUUAGAACGAGAAGGCAGAAGAGUCAGAAGCAUUCUGAAAUGGAGAAGUCUGGUUUCUUCUGCAGAUGUCUUUGAUCCCAUCCAGUUUUUCAGUUUGAGAUAUGCCAGCGUCAAGACAAGGGAACACGUCUUGUUAUACAGUGACCAAAUAUUUCAGUAAGCGUGUGUUUUUAGGCUGUCAAAGAAGUAGCUUGUUUGAACACCUGAAGGUAGUGAUGGCACCUCUAGAUUUCCAGGGAGAAGGACUGGUCUCUAUCUGUACAAACUAUGAUAUCACCAAAAGCCACUUGUGUCUAGGGAGUUAGCGAGAACCAGAAGGUGACAUCUAUGCUUUGACUUCCAAAAGAGAAAUGUCAAGGCAUGCAUUUCUUUGCAUCCACAAUCACUUAUGGAUGUCUGCUUAGAGGUGAAAUUCAUUUCUGCACAACUGGUUUGCAACUAUGGGCAAGUUAGACUAAGUUGUUUUGCCAUUAAUGAAAAAUAGGAAUCUUUAGUGACUCACUGUUUAAUUUCUAGGGAUUUUCUUUACACGUGCAAAUGGGCUCUCACUUCCUAUUGGGAACAAUAUGAUUUUUGAAAGAGCAUAAUGCCUAAUGCGCUGUAGGCACUCUAUAACUAUUGAUUGUGGUGACAGAGAGUCACAGAGGUCUGCGUUCCUGUGCCUGAUGACGCCCUGGUGUUUUGCACGUCUUCUGCAGGCUCCUUGCCCAAAGGUGUGAUGAUGGCAGCCAGUCCAGGGAGGGUAAGUGGGAUUGGAUGGGUGAAGCACUGGGCGCUCCCUGGAGAGGAGCAAGGUAUUAAGAUAGUGGUGAUUGCCUGUCUUACAGCAAAUUAAGAAAGCUUCAAAACAGCCAAAUGUCUGAUUUUUAUUAGACACUUACAAAUCCUAUAGUUCAUCUCCCAACCAAGACAGGGAGCCUUUCUAUAAUGUGUCUUUUUUUUUUUUUUUCAGUCUUUUAAGUCUUUUUUUUAAUGCCCAUUCUUAUAGGUUAGGCCUCCUCUAGUAAAUAAGACUCUUGGUAUUCUCAAGAACUGGUUAGAACUCCCUCGACCUUCAAAUGAACAAAAACCUUGUGGGAUACAAUAAUGAAAUCCACCCCUGCCAGGUAGAUAUCAGGUCCAUUCAUUUUCCAUGCAUGCGAAUCCUGGUGCAGCUCUCACCACUCCUGCCUGUUCAGCUCUUAGGUGCCUGUCCAGAGCUGCUCCCUUUUGUCUCAUCAGCAUCUCAUUCCCUGAUGCUUUCUGACACCUUGAGAGCAGUGUUGUUUCCUGGGCUCAGGAACCCCACUGAGCUUGAGAAAUCGCUGGGAGGAAACAUGGGGAGAAGAUUUUUGGUAAGACUUUCAAAGAGUUUCAGCCUGUCCCAGCAUGUAACACUUCAGAUCUGAAAAUGAGCAGGAUUUUAUAGAAAGGCACCAUCCUGGGCUGCUCUACUCAGAAAUGCUCCAGGCUACUGGAAACGGAAUGAGACCCACUGGAGGAGACAAGAACCUCGGAACCAGAGCAGGCAGAUGUCUCUCACAUCCGAUCAAGCACUGGGAAAGCUUCGCAAUCACUGAGGACAGAGCGAGCAUACAGCACACACGUGUGUUCUUGUCUUUUCUCGCUAGUCUAAUCGUGUAAGACCCUUUUGACAUCGUCUUUAUGUUUUGCAGUUUAAAUUGUUAUUCACAUAAGACCUACAGUGUUCCAUCUAAAAUGAUUUCAGUUGUUCCAGUGGAGAACUAUUUCAGCACAGACCUGAAUUCAGAUACGUACACGGCUGAACAAGCCACCUGUACAUCAUGUUUAACCACAUUGUGAUUGGUGGAGUGAGCGUAUGGUGGGAACAGGCUGGGGAGAAAAUGCUGCGUGUCCACCGUGUCCUUCAGCCGUGGUUGGGCGGCUCUCAGGCCAGCAAAGAGAAGAGAGGAUUUUGUUUAGUUUAGAUUUGCUUUUGCAUUCCCAUCUUCUGAAUGUCAAAAUCUCCAAACCUUUCUGAAAUUUAAUGACCUCUCCAGAGAUUUCCCAGGGAGCAGCUCUCAGAAAUUUCAGAAGUUCCGAGAAGACGUAAAUCUGGAAUUAAAGAAUUCAAGGCAGAAUCAUGGGAGACAGAUUUAGCUCAAUGCGCAGCUCUAAGGACUCUGCACUGUCCAGCGGGAAGGUGGGGUGGGGGGCUGUUGGGGGACUUAGCUCUUGCUGACAGGGAUGGGCCACAUUCCUUCUCCAAAUACUUGCCAAGGCCACUUUGGAAUAGUUUUAUUCUGGCUAGAAGGGUGGGCUGGAAGACGUCUAAGCUCCUUCCCAGCUCUUUUAGAUUUUAUGAUCGCAUAAAGGCUCCACUCUGAAAACCUGCAAUCUGCCCCCUUCACCGGCAAGUGGGGCACAGGCACUUUGAAGUGGGUCCCUUUUGCUACAGCACGACUCUCAGAUAGGCCUGCGGGUCUGUGGGUUCAUCGACGCCCAGCAAACCUGCCCUGCUUAGAACUUAGCGCAGGACAAGUUCCUAGAGGCAAAAUUGCAACCUUUCCGAAAUUUUUUUUUUUCCCCAUAUACAUUUGCAGAUGCUCCAAAGACUCAGCGUUUCAGAUUCACUCUUUGUUAUAAUCUGUACAAUUGCCAAAUGGUUGUAGUGAUAUUACAGCCUGCAUUUCCUUUAUUCUAGUAUCGUUCAUUCUGUGUAGCAUAAAUUCAUUUUCCUAGACCGCUAUCUGCAGACAAGUCACGUGGCGUGUACACUGAACUCAGCGCGAGGGUAAAAUAAAAACCCACCCCUCCGUGUCGGCAGGGAGAAGGCGUUGCGCUCAGGCAUACCUGCCUCCGAGUGAGAGAAACUGCUGCAUGCGAGAGAGGGUACCAGUGGCUUCGGAUCCCCAGAGCUGGGCUUCCCCCGCGGGCCCCCGUCCCAGCUGCUUCGUGAUAGCCGUCACACACACCGCAGAUCCCAAACUUCUUGCUUCCAAAUGGCACAACUACUCCAAGCUUCUCAGGACCCGGCAAAAAUGUUGAAACGGGGAAAAUCAGGGGCACUGCAGUUAUGUAACAUGGAGUUUCUUUUAAAUGCUUCAAACAUGUCCUUAAAAUUUCAGCCUGCUUAUUAAUGAGUGGGCCAUUGUGCUUAAAACUAGUAGGGGAACAAAGUUUUUUUAAAAAAAAAAUUGCCAAAAAGUUAGAUGAAAAUGUACUACUGUAUAAAGCAAAGCUGUAUAUACUAAACGUUUUUUAGCAGAGUACUAUUUAUUUGCAUAGCCUAUUUAUUGUAUUCGUAUUACAAGGUUAUUAAAUACCAGGAUGAAAUCGAUGACCUGAAGCAAGGACUCUUGCCUUUUAACGUUUGAUGGAUUAGGACUGCUGUGACAUUGUCAGCUUGCGUUAACAAUUAGGAGAUAGAAAACCCGAAAUCAGGGUAUCUACCUAACUUCUCAGGGACUACACUUUGUAGUUUUCCACCCUUAUAAGAGCUGGUAAAUAUGAAACAUUGGUUGAAUUACCAGAAUUGCCAUUAACAGUAUUUUCUUUCUCAGCUUCCAUGCUUUCUGCUUCUGUACAUAUGACUGUGCUGUGUAUUUAUCGAAGCUAGCAAGCAAUAAUUUAUAUGUAGAAAUGGUCAAGCAAUAUAAGGUGAAAACUUAUAUAAGUCACUGUUACCUUAUCUUGUAUUUUCAAGUGUUUUUUAAAACUGCUUUUCCAAA